AUGUCGACUCAAGGCAGUAACACCCCACGCCCACCAGCACCAGCUGCACCACCUACCAACGCUCAGUUGGAAGGCAUGCUCAGCCAGUUACAGGAACAAAUUAUGGAACUAGAGAAGCAACGAUUGCCACAGAUCAAACCACCGAAGCCAGAUUUCUUCGAAGGACACCGAGGCAAGUUGCGAGCAUUCUUGACGCAGAUGGAUAUGCAAUUACGACUUGUCAACUUCCAGUCCGAAGUCGAUAAGGUCAUGUAUGCAUCCACGUACCUGCGAGGACAAGCGUUCGAAUGGUUCGAACCAUACAUCCGGGACUAUACCGACAAACCCAGCAAGGACCGCGAUGAAGCUACAAAAGAAGUUUUCGCGUCAUACUCCAACUUUAAGAAGAAAUUAGAAGCCACCUUUGGGGAUGUUGAUGCAACCCGUACCGCGGAACGACGAUUGAGGAGACUCCGACAAACUGGAUCAGCCAGUGUAUACACCGCUGAAUUCCAACAAAUCAUCUCUCAUCUCGAUUGGGAUGAGGAUGCGUACAUCGCCAUCUAUGAAGACGGUCUUAAGGAAGAUGUGAAAGACGAAAUCAUGCGAAUCGACCGACCCGAUAGGUUGAGCAAACUCAUGGAAGUCGCAGUUAAGUUCGACAACCGACUAUACGAAAGAUCGCUUCAACGACGAGAAGCACGACAGUGGCGGGGACAAGACAACCUCCCCGAACCCACGGAUUCCGACGACGAGGAGGUCGAAGAGAGCCACGACAGGCCCAAAAACCCACGAAAGGAAAAGCAAUAUAGGCAGAUGAAAGGAAAAUGCUUCAACUGCAACCAAGGAGGACAUUUCGCAAAAGAAUGCCCUAAACCACGGAAACCGCGACAACCGCAGCAACUUCGAGCAACAAACGAGAGCCGAGGCGGAUACAACGAGACCAAACAAAUCUGCGCCACGGAAGAGCGCGAGAGGGACGAAACAUUAUCAGACAUCCAAGACAUGCUUGAAGCAUGGACGACGCUAAGUGAAAGCGAGAUCGCAGACAGCGAACCAACGGACGGAACCGCGAGAAACACCAACGACAAAGACACAGAAGCACAGACGUACGAGGGGAGUGACACCUCGGAACUGUUGAAAGAAAACCAGCGACACGAGUUCCCAGAGAUCGAUUGGGAUAACAGAAGUUGGACUCUGGACGAAUCCGAGUCCCAGGAGCAAGAGGGACUAUCCCAGGAGACACGAAACCUCGUUCAAGGAACGAAGGGCUCCCAGGACCUCGAAUACGAACCUCCAUGCCCCGAACUGCACUACCAGGACCCAGAAUGGGCCGUCGAGAUAUUCAACCGAAUUGUCAGGGAAGAACCCUACAUCAGAGGAGCAGUUAUGAAGUUAAACGAGUUGUGCGAACUCAUGAACAGGAACACCACCAAAGAAGAAAAGAAGAGGGCCUGGAUCGAGUGCGACCCACAGCGCGGAUUGCUCAUGUCGCGGAUACGCCAGGCAUCCCGACCACAGCACGAUACCCUUCACGCGGUGCUAUGA